AUGACCAAGGAGACCACCCCUCCUCCUCCCACCACCACCACCACCGAACCUACUACAAACACAACUCACGAGCCCCCCUCCCUCCCCGCCUCUCCCCUCGCCAAGCGCACCAAACCCAACACCACCGAGCAAUCAACAGAACCGUCCACAAUGGGUUCAACCAGCACCCCUCUCCCCCCCCUCCAAGUGAAGAAGCUCACUCCUACCGGCCGCGCCCCGACCCGCGGCUCUGCCUUCGCGGCCGGAUACGACAUGUACAGCGCCAAGGAGACCGUUAUUCCUGCUAAGGGGAAGGCGUUGGUUGAUACGGGAAUUGCGAUUGCUGUGCCGGAGGGGACGUACGGCAGAAUCGCCCCUCGCUCCGGCCUCGCCUCGAAGCACUUCAUUGAUACUGGCGCGGGCGUCAUCGAUGCAGACUACCGGGGAGAGGUCAAGGUUCUUUUGUUUAAUCAUUCGGAUGUGGAUUUCGAGGUGAAGGAGGGAGAUCGCGUUGCGCAGUUGGUUUUGGAGAGGAUCUAUACCCCUGAAGUUGUGGUUGUGGAGGAAUUGGCGGAGAGUGUUCGUGGCGCUGGUGGGUUUGGAAGUACUGGUGUUUAA